AUGCCAGCCCUUCCUCCAUCGUCAACAAUACCCUCAGGGUACAAUUCUCUCUCUGUCCGCCAGAACGACGACUCGAGCAGCUCUUUCACCGCUGUGCCAACAUCCUACAAGAGCACCGAUAACUCCCUCGCUCCCGGUGUCGUCGCCGGUAUCGUCCUCGGCUCCGUCGCUGGUUUUCUUCUCCUGCUGUACAUCAUCUACAUGCUCCUGCACCGCGGCCCAGUCGUGAGAACAGUCGAUGGCGCAUCAACUGUUGUCUCAGGCGGACCUAUGAGCACCGUCACGGGCGACACAUCGACAUAUUUGAGUUUCCGCAGCAGAAGAGAUCGAAGAACGAGGAACAGAUCCCGGAGUAGAGCUACGUCUAGAUCCAAGAGGACGAGAUCGCGCACGACGGUGAAUUCGAGGGAUAGGAGUCGAAGACGAACAUCGCCGCUUGUGGGCGAUAGUCGAGGAGAGCGAAUCAUUGUUGAUCCUCCUGCGCCGCGCUUCGUUCAAGAAUCGACUAUCUCUUCGGAUAACGAGAUUGUUGUUGAGGAGGAGCACAGUGUUUCUCCACCACGACGAUCACGACGACAGAGUCAAGACCGAUAUCGUCGAGAGCCGUUGAUGGGAGAGGGAUAUCGAAGGGACUAUUCCCCAAGAGAUUACUCACCUCGGAGGGAGAGCAGACGGUAUAGCCGAGACCGAUAG